UUUUUUUUUCUUUUUUUCUUCUUCUUUUUUUUUUAUAUAACAUGAAUUGCCAUCAUCGAUCUAUGCCAUCGCUUUCUUCUUCUAUUUCAAGCAAUGACACAAGCUCACCACGCACUUCAUCAUCAGAGUAUUCACAAUACUUUCACAAUACCAAUUUAAAGCAUUCAAGUUCACUUAAAUUAAUAACAAAGAUACAACAAGAACCCAAUUUAAAACGAUUCUCUGAACCAUUACCUUCUGUUCCUACUACACCUAAAGUGAAGCGUUGGGAUGAUUCCCAACUCGAAAUGGAAUUAGCUGAAGAUGACCUCAUUCAAUCUGGUCAGAAAAAGGUACGACGCAACUCGUCUCUCCGCCUGAAAGAAAAGCUUCAAUUGUCCGAAUCCUUCAUCAAAGAAAAGUUUCGUCAUCAUAAAAAGGAAGACGAUGUACUUGUCACUACCAUCAAGCACAAGAAGUUAUCGAAAUCAUUUAGAAAAGUUUAUGAUUGGUUAUUUUAAGUCAGAUUAUAUAUUUAGAUAUUUAGCAUACAUGUAAACUAUGAUACGUUCCCCCCUUUUUUUAUUUUAUUUUAUUUUUAUGCCUAUACAUACAUUUUCUCUUUUCUUUUUCCCCUGUACAUAAACCUCAUCAUCAUAAUAAUAGUAGUAGUAAUAAAACCAAAAAAAACAAAACCA